AUGAGUUGUAACACAAUAAUUUCAGAGAACGGAGCUGAUUUUCCUAAAUUAGAGAAUGGAAUGUAUUUGGAAUACUUAUCUGUUAGGAGAUUAGUGUUUUCUUCGAAUCUUGAAUACUAUUUUGAUAAUCACUUCACGAAUGAUUCAAUGAAGAGUAUUCCUGAAAAAUAUUGUUAUAUCAACAAACUUCUCAAACAAUCAUCUACAACAAGAAAAAGGCGAGGGGAGCUUUUUGAAUUAAAGAAGGAAUGGGAAAACGCUGUUCGUGAGUACAAAUCCACAAAGUCACAUGAUAGAAUUGCAUUUAUAUAUUAUAGCAAAAUGAAUCCUCCAAAUUAUGAACAUGCACUUUCCAAUUUCAUACAGUUUAAUCUGUUAAAUUUGGAAACAAAUCAAUUCAGUGAAGAAAUUGCAAUUUGUUACUUUAAAACAGGGAGCUUUGAAAUGGCUCACACUUAUUUUGAAAAAGUUUUAUCCAAGUUAUCUCCAAAAUCAUUGGAAUUACUGGGAAUUUGCUGCUAUCACCUUAAAAAAUAUUCAAAAGCAAUUGAAUACCUUUCCAAAUACGACCUUACUGAAGAAGAGUCAAAAAUUAUUUUAGCAUACUCGAUACUUGAGGGAGAUAUCACAAAGAAAGACAUGGCUUUAGAGCUGUUACUAGAUUUAGCAAAGCGAAGAAAUAACGAGGCCAUCUAUUUUCUAGGAUCAAUUUACGAAAAUGGAUUAUACUCUUUUGAAAAGAAUUUAGAAAAAACCAUUCAGUUCUAUUUAUUACUAGAAAAUGACGACUUGGCAAACUUGAGUCUUGGUAAAAUUUAUUCAAAUUUAGACAAGGAAAAGUCCAUUAAGGUGUUGAGGAAAGUGAAUGAGAGUUUUGAACGAUACGGAGAAGUUUCAUGUAUGUUGGCAAUAUUAUUGAAAGAUGUCAACCAAGAGGAGUCGUAUAAGUUUCUCGUCAAAAGUGCAAGAUUAGAGUUUCAAGACUGUCUGCAACCCAUUGCUGAUCACUUAUGCAGUUCAAUAUCAUAUGAUUGGAGCUUUGUUCUUCCUUCAGAGUACACACUCACAAAAACAAACCUUCCAAAGUGUAAAGACUUGUUCAAAAAGUAUUUCUCUCAUACUUUUGUCUCACCUGAAAAAAAUUACAAAUUGAUAUCAAUAGUUAACAGAAAUUUUAAUGAUAAUAAUUUUGAUUUAAUCAAAAUUACACCAAUCCAAAUGGCAAGAUUCUUAUUCUUCUUGGGAAAAUUCAACAAAUGUAAGAAAUAUUACGAGAAACUUGUGAAUUGUAAUGAGGAAGCUGAGAAAUUCCUUCUUUUUUUCCUUUGGCUUACUGAACAUGACAUACCUGAGUAUAUGGUAUCAGUCAUUGAAAAACAUUUGGAAACUAAUAUGUAUGCCCAAUAUUUGUACGUGAAACUCAAUUUCGAUAGCAAUAAGGCCAAAGUCAUUUUUGAAAGAUGCAAGCACUUGUUUGAUUUGACAAAUUUUGAAAUAAUUAUUUCUAUGAAUAUUAUUGACGAUGAAAGAGUUGUGAGCCUUUGUAAAUCCUGUUUAAUGUCCUAUCCAGUCCCAGUUAUUGAAAGGAUUAUUAGUUAUAGUAUUGAAAGAGAUUUAAUAGAUUUUCAACAAUUUUUAGUUUCCACUUUGGAAGAUCAUUAUGAAUUCGAUGAAUCAAUCAUUCCAAUAGAAUGUAUCCGACUUCUUAGGGAAGGGAAAGAAACAGAUUUACUAAGAUCACUUUUUCUUUCAUACCCAAACAAGAAAGUUUUUCAUACAUGUCUAAAGCAAAUAAGCAACAAAUCAACAAAUGAAAUUUAUGAUCUUUUGCUCAACUUUCAAGAAUAUACUCAAGAUGAAACUGAUGUACCAAUUAAGUGCUUUUAUUCAGAAUUAGUAUGGGUAUUAUUUAUCAAUGGAAGAAAUUCAAAAGCAUUAGAAUAUUCUAAAUUGGUAUUUUCAUCAGAUCAAGUACUGGAAAAAAUAUUAACAAACAGUUAUGAACCAGUCCAAUAUUUAAUAGGAAUGCACCAAAGCAAUUACUCACUUAUAUCAAAGAAAAUAUAUUUACAAAAGCAUCCAAACAUUUCAACAAUUUUCCAAUAUUCUAACAAUAUAUCUACCCUUAUUUCUCACUCAAUUGAAGAACAAAUAAUUCAGAGUCAUCAAUUUGAGUUAAUAUUUGAUGAGGUAAUGAAAUACAAUUUGUCCAAUAGAAAUUUUGCAGACAUUGCCUUUUCUAUGAAAAUGGGAAAGAAAGCAAUUGAAUAUUACGAGAAAUGUUCAGGUUUCUCAAAUAUUGGUCUUAUCUACAGUCAAGGAUUUCCUGGUAUCCCUAUUGACUAUCAUUUAGCCAUAAAGAACUUUAAGAAGGCAGUUCAUUUUGAAAAAGACACACCAAGCUACUUUUACAAUUUAGGAUGUUGCUAUUUGGAAUUGAGUCAGUAUGCUGCAGCAAUCAAUUACUUCUCCAAAACAACCUUCUUUAAAAGCUACAUCAAUAUGGCAAAAUGUUUCAUUGCUACACAGCAGUAUGCUUCUGCAUUGGAAAAUUUGAAAAUGGUUAAUAUUCAUCAAGUGGAUGCAAUCAUCAAAUUUAAUUAUGGAAAUUGUUAUGAAGAAUUGUGCUACAAACUCAAUAACAAGGAAUAUGGUACAAUAGCCAUUGAAAUAUUUACGAUGAUUCAAGAUGCUCAUUCCGAAGCAAAGCAACAUUUAGACAAAUUACACAAUUUCCUUGAAACUAUCAAAUUUAUUACUCCAACUGAAGUUGUACCAUCUUGCACUUUAGAGUUUGAUGAGGAAUGA